AUAUUAUUUUUAUUUUUAUUUUUCAGUAAUAUCAUCACAAAACCAAACAAGAUUAUUUCAGCCCUUCUUCGCCGCUUUCCUCUAUCGUUUUCGUUUAGGGCUCAAUCCGUCGUCGUUUUGAGCAUCGUAAUCUCGUCUUAAAACAGUUUUUUUUUUUCCUUUUUGGUCCCUAAUAAAUCUAAUUUUUAUUAUUUAGUGUUCUUUAAUUUUUAUCCUAAACGGUGUCGGUUUUCUCUUAGAAGCGGAAAUAGGGUAUAAUUAUUCUUCAACAAAAAUACACACACCAAUUCUUGGACUACAAUCUGAGAAAACGGCGUCGUUGCGGCCAUUUACAAAAUUGUAUUUUCCCUCCUCUGAUUUCUCGCCGGUCUUCCGUUGCCGGAACUAUUCCGGUGACCUAUUUAGGGUUUCUUCUUCCAAUCCUUCGCUGUUUCCGGUGACCUAUUUAAGCGUGGCUAAUGGAGGUAACAGUGGCAGACCCUUAUGGAACGAAUCCAGGACCAAUUGAUUGUUCAGUACUUUAUGAUCAAGAGAAGCAUGUUUCCUCAGCAGUUUGGGAUGGGCAGGAGCGUGGUGCGCUUAGAUGUCAUGAACACACUUCAAAGUUAGAUCAAUGGGCACUUACGCGAAAACAACUUGAGUUUGUAGAGAAGGCUGGGUUUGGUUAUUUAAAACUGAUCCCUGCGAUAAGUCUUGAUAAUCCUCUUAUUUCUGCCUUAGUUGAGAGGUGGAGGAGAGAAACAAACACCUUCCACUUGAAUGUUGGAGAAAUGACUGUAACCCUCAAGGAUGUUGCAUUAUUGCUUGGACUAGCUAUAGAUGGAGAACCAGUAAUCGGGACAACUUACACCACCUGCCAAUUUGUGUGUGAAAAAUAUCUUGGAAAAGCGCCAGAAUCUGGUUAUACCAGUGGUGGAAUGGUGAAGCUAAGCUGGUUGAAAGAGUUUUUUUCUCGGUGCCCUGAGGAUGCGCCACUUGAGAUUAUUGAACGUCAUACUCGUGCUUACCUCUUAUACCUUGUAGGCAGCACAAUAUUUUCCACUACUACUGGAAACAAAGUCCCUGUUAUGUACCUUCCCUUAUUUGAGAAUUUUGAGCAGUGUGGAAGGUAUGCUUGGGGGGCUGCUGCAUUGUCAUUUUUGUAUAGGGCCCUAGGUAAUGCCUCAUUGAGAUCUCAGAGUACGAUUAGUGGUUGCUUAACACUUUUACAGUGCUGGAGUUACUUUCACUUGAACAUUGGUCGACCAAAGCUCAAUCAUGACUUAACACACGAUCGGUUUCCAUUUGUGCUUCGAUGGAAGGGGAAACAAAGUGGCCCCACUGCUAAUCGUGAUGUAGUAUUCUACCGUAAAGCAUUGGAUUCACUGAAGCCAUGUGAUGUGGAGUGGCUUCCUUAUAGAAACAUGGAUAGUACAUUAAUUCCAGAAGAUAUAAAGAAUAAUCUGAUUUUAGGAAGGUCAACGACAAUGUUGAUUUGUUUUGACAAGGCAGAAAGGCAUCUCCCUAAUCGUUGUCUUAGGCAGUACGGUAUGCUUCAGUCAAUUCCAGAAGAUGUACAGAGAUGGGAGAGAAAAAGUCGUGGGGUUGACGGCGGAGUUGACUUGUCAGGGAAGAUGGAAUCUGAACUUAAUGAAUGGUCAGAACGUCGAUAUCAUAUAGUGGAAGGUGAUGAUAGUACAGAUGAAAAUGACUACUUGCAGUGGUACCUGAAAAUUACUCGUAAAUUUGUAGGAAGACCGAUAUCUCUCUCAUCAGAGUUUCAAAGAACAAAUGCCGGGUUGAGGGAUAUUGCACACAUAGCGGACACAUUCUCCACAAAAGGGUUGGAUUCUCAACAAAUUGAAUUGAUUUCUAGAAUCAGAUAUAUUGCCCAUGAAUGUCUUAGGGACCAAGUUGGAGGUCCAGCCAUCGUGACUGCUACUCAACAAGUUGAAACCGGAAAAAGGGUUAGAGGAAAGGAGAGAGUAAGAAGAAAAAGUACAUCAAAACGUAUUCGUAAGGAUGAGCUGACGCAAUAUAACACAGUUGGCGAGGAUGACCAUUCUCAUUUUGGUGUUACUGUUGCUAUUGAUCAUUAUAAACUACAUCAAGCAGAUAGAGAAGAGAACCAUUCGCACUUGUGCGCUUUAGAUAGCGAGGAACACCCUUUAGGGAUUAUACAUGCUGAAGGUGUGGUUGACCACAUGCAGCUAUGUAAUGAUGCUGAUAUUGGGAUCAAUCAGUCAGAGCUAAACCAUGCAACUGAUGAAGUAGCUGAUGCUGAAAUGAGCCAUGCAUUGACCAAAGAUGAUGAAACAGAGUUUCUUAAUGAUACAGAAAAUAACAUUGACACUCAGCCUUGUAGUGCAAUGCAGGAGAUCAAAGACUCCCACCUUUCCGUUGCAACUCUUGAGGUUGAUUCACAGCUAACAGGUGUACCUAAGGACGUUGAUUCGCAGUUUUGUGAUCCGCCUAAGGAGGUUGUCUUGCAGCACCCUGAUGCAAUUAAGGUCGCUGAUUCUCAGGCUAAUGAUCCCACGAAGGAAGUCCCUAACUCGCAGCUUCAUGAUACAACCGAGGAGGUUGUCAACUCACAGCUGAGUGAUACAGCUGAGGUUAUCGACUCACAGUUAAUUGAUGCAAGGGAAGUUAUGGAUUCACAACUUCCUGAUGCUUUUAACAAUGCUAGCGAAUCACAAAUUUCUCAUGCAAUUAGCGAGAGUGAUCAGGAGACAGGUAAAGAAACUUUAACAGCCGCAGAGGUUGUUCAACAAUCGUCUCUCGAGCCUUCCAUAGAUAUGGUACAACAACAGAAUGCUGUAGCAUCAUAGCACAAACACAAAGGUGUUAUCAUGCAACAUUUUCAUGGUAAUUAAUUCUUCCAGAACAGUCAAAUCUUAGGUAGGUUUUUCUACUUGGUAUAGCAUCUAUUACUUUUGAAGAGAGGCAUUAUACAAUGAUAUCCUCUGCCCUUACCUAUUUAUUGAAUUGUUUUUUUGUCCUUCAUUGCUUAUUGUUUUCCAACACUAAGCAACAUGGUGCUGGAUUCUAUUUUGGAGCAAGAAAUGGCUCCAUAAUAAGAUCCCAACACCAAUAGAAUGUCACAUAGUUUCUCAGUUGGAAUGAAAUGUUGCUAUAUUUUGAGCUGACAAAGAGAAAA